CUCUCCCGCCUGCCCUCGCUCUCUUUCCUCCGAGCACAGCUCUGGGCUGUGCCCGCCGCCUCAACCGCGCGCGCUUCAAGCCACAUAGAGGGAGAAGGCAGAAUGGGCUGGAAAGGAGUUCCUCAGUGCCAGCAAGACCCACAGCCAGCAUCUGCAGAGAAGCGCCUGCGCACUGCAGGGGCGCCAGAUUUGGCGGGAGGGGGAGUGUCCAAAAAGCCCUUUGUUUGAUGGCAUCUCUGUUUACAGAGUUUACCCUUUCAUCUCAACCUGUUUCCUCCUCCCCUCUCCUGCUCCUCAGAACUUUACGGCGGAGGAGCUCUUCUUAAGCGGCAAGAAACGCCAAGCACUUCUUCCAGCAGUAUAAAGCCCUCUCCUCCCCCACCUGCCCACCCACUUUUCGCCUUUCCCCCAGUGACUAAUGCAAGGAUGGCCAGGAGACCUAGGCACAGCAUAUACAGCAGUGAUGACGAGGAUGAAGAUAUCGAGGUGUAUGAUCAUGACUAUGAUGGUCUGCUGCCCAAGGGCGGAAAACGUCAUUUAGGGAAAACCAGGUGGACCCGGGAAGAGGAUGAGAAGCUAAAGAAACUUGUGGAGCAGAAUGGCACAGAAGAUUGGAAAGUUAUUGCCAAUUUCCUUCCUAAUCGGACAGAUGUACAGUGCCAGCAUCGGUGGCAGAAAGUACUAAACCCAGAACUUAUCAAAGGGCCAUGGACUAAAGAAGAAGAUCAAAGAGUGAUAGAGCUUGUACAGAAAUAUGGCCCAAAGCGCUGGUCUGUCAUCGCAAAGCACUUGAAGGGAAGGAUUGGAAAACAAUGCAGGGAGCGAUGGCACAACCACUUGAAUCCGGAAGUUAAGAAAACCUCCUGGACAGAAGAAGAAGAUAGAAUUAUUUAUCAAGCGCACAAGAGGCUGGGAAACAGAUGGGCAGAAAUUGCAAAGUUGCUGCCUGGACGAACUGAUAAUGCUAUCAAGAACCACUGGAAUUCUACAAUGCGUCGAAAGGUUGAACAGGAAGGUUAUCUUCAAGAGUCUUCCAAAGCCAACCAGCCCUCGGUAGCCACAAGUUUUCCGAAGAAUAACCAUUUAAUGGGCUUUGCUCACACUCCACCUUCUGUGCAGCUGCCAACAGCCACUCAGACCCCACCUACCAAUGACUACUCCUAUUAUCAUAUUUCUGAGACACAAAAUGUCUCUGCUCAGAUCCCAUAUCCAGUAGCACUUCAUGUAAAUAUUGUUAAUGUACCCCAACCGGCUGCUGCAGCUAUUCAGAGACACUAUAAUGAUGAAGACCCUGAGAAAGAAAAACGAAUAAAGGAAUUAGAGUUACUACUAAUGUCGACUGAGAAUGAACUGAAAGGGCAGCAGGCAUUACCAACACAGAACCACACAUCAGAUUACCCAGGAUGGCACAGCACCACAAUUGCGGACAAUACCAGAACUAGUGGUAACAGUGCACCCAUUUCCUCUUUGGGCGAGCAUCAUCACUGCACUCCAUCUCCACCAGUGGACCAUGGCUGCUUGCCUGAAGAAAGUGCAUCCCCUGCAAGAUGCAUGAUCGUUCAGAGUAAUUUCCUGGAUAAUGUUAAGAAUCUCUUAGAAUUUGCAGAAACACUUCAGCUAAUAGAUUCUGAUCCUUCAUCAUGGGGUGAUCUCAGCAGUUUUGAACUCUCUGAAGAAGCAGACACCUCGCCUAGCCAAGCUCCCUCAGGCAAAGCCCCACAGCUUCAGCAAACAGAGGCCAGUGCGUGUAGGCCUGAAGGACACUUUCUCUCAGACUUGAGCAAAACCAUGUUGAGUCAGGACUCGCUUGUCUUGCCAAAGUCCUUGACUGCCUCAAAAUGCACAGCUCCGUUGGUCAUUCUGCGCACAAAGAGAGGGCAUUCCAGCCACUUAGCCAGUGGUCAUAAUAAGUCCUUCAUACUUGCUGAUGUCAGCAGUUCAACUCCUAGUCGCUCCCCUGUCAAAGGUCUGCCAUUCUCUCCCUCUCAGUUCUUGAACACCUCACCCAGCCAAGAAAGUCUGGACCUGGACAAUCCUACUUUAACUUCCACUCCCCUAUGUACUCAUAAAGUCACGGUUACAACACCAAUUCACAAAGAUCAAGCAUUUAAGACACCGAAGGAAAAUAAUAUAUUCAGGACUCCAGCUAUCAAAAGAUCAAUUUUGGAGAGCUCUCCAAGAACACCCACUCCAUUUAAAACUGCAUUUGCAGAAGAGUUCAAAUAUGGACCCCUGAAGUUGUUGCCUCAUACAUCAACUCACCUUGUAGAUGAUUUGCAGGAUGUUAUCAAACAAGAGUCUGAUGAAUCUGGCAUUGUAUCUGGCCUACGUGAAAGUGGAUCCCCUUUGCUGAAGAAAAUCAAGCAGGAGGUGGAGUCUCCUACGGGUAAAGCAGGAAGCUUCUUUUGCUCAAACGGUUGGGAAGGGGAAGGUCUGAACACACAACUUUUCACAUAUGCAUCUACUAUGGAAGAUGUGCCGAAUCUACUUACCAGUUCUGGUUUAAAGAUGCCUGCCUCAGAAGAAGAGGAAAAUGCUCAUAAAUUAUUUGCAUUACAUAGAAAUAGGUCAUCUGGUAGCCCACUUCAGCAUUUUAGCAACACAUGGGAUUCAGCAUCCUGUGGGAAGCUGGAAGAUCAACUGAAUUUCUCAGAUCCAGCACGCAAAUAUAUGAAUGCAUUCUCAACUCGAACUCUGGUUAUGUGAAAGAUCUUCCAAUAAGCAUUAUGUUUUCUUUUCAAAACACUUCUGGAUGAUUUGGGAUUUACUGUUCCUCUGCAAGAGAGGAAUGCCUUUUUGAAUGGGAGAAAAGCCUUUUUUGUUGUGGUACAACAUUUGGGAGCAGCACAAAGUGCAUAUAUAGUCACAAAAGCAUCUAUGUAUAUAUUCAUGUUGGAUUUCACCCAACUUUAAAAAAGAAAGGAUGUCUGUGUAUUGAUUAUGCUUACCUAAAUUAUUAGGUGCUGAGUUUUACACAAUUAACUAUUAAUAUUAUGAAUUCAGAUGUAUUAUUUUUAUAAUGUGAUUUUUUUUAAAAUGAUUUUUUUAAAACAAAACAAAACACCAACAACUGGAGAUCAAAUGCACCAAUAUUAAUUCAGUGAAGAGUUGCCAUAUGAAUCCCCAUGCCAGUAAAUAUAUUUUGUAAGGUAUUUUUUUGUAAGCAAUGGCACUCAGUAGUUUAUUCUAAAUCACUGAACAAAUUUCUUGGUAUUAAAUACUGCGAGAAAAGCAUUACUGCAAAUGCUAACCUAAAGGUGGAGGAUGGAGGCAUAUCAAGAUUGUGAAUGCUCACACAUCUAUACCAUUUGAAGUACUGUUUUAUUCAUUAGACCUCUAGUCUUUUUAUAUAUGUUUGUGUGUGUGUGUGUGUGUGUGUGUGUUUAAUUAGCUUGCUUUUAAAAAUUAUUACUGUAUGAAACAUAGUUUUAUGAGAACAAAUUAUAUUUUUUAUUCAGUAAUUUAAUUUGUAAAUGCCAAAUGGAUACGGUGGGUUUUUUUGUUUUUGCUGCUACAAACUUUACAGCAUGUAGAUGGGCUACUACUAGUGUGAAAGGGGCCAUAGAGGUUUAUAAAAGGAAAGAAAAACCUGGGGGCUAGCUAACUUGACUAUGCACUAGCAUUUCUGACUUCUGAAACAUUAUUGCAUUUCUCUUCCCCACCCCCUUUAUUUUCAAGAAAUACUUCGAAACACUGUUAUUGGGAGAUUUUAUGUGCUUGUCUGUAUUUUCUCAUGAGUUUGCAGGAGCAUAUGUCGCAAACUAAACUUUUGGGAGGACACACUCUUGCUUGUAUCUUCUGUCUCUUUUUUGUCUCAUGUUUAGGUCUAAAUAUUCCCUAAGUUGAAUUCCAUACACAAAAGCAUUUUUAAAGCAAGUAUGGUCUCUUGGACUGCCGUUUCAACCCUUUCCCAAUAUUAAGAAAAGGGAAUUGCCUUUUCUUUUAACAGAUUCUGACUUUGCUGCCUUAAUAAAUAGAAUUAGGUGCAGCCUUAUCUGCACUUAACAUUUUAUCAUACACUGUACUGCCUUGUAGAUAAAUAAAGCGUGUCAUUUUUUUAAAAAUUA